AGGAAAUCAAUGAAUCUUUUAUGUUCGGGGGAAGUGAGCUCCCACGACCAAUUCCAAUCCUUUGAGUUUCCGUCCAAACAGUAAGCAUCGUCGUCGUCUUGCCAUGGAGGGCGGAAACCGCCGCGUCACCUUCGAGGCCGCCAAGGAGAUCCAGUCCCCCCGUUUCCGCGCCGUCCUCCGGGCGACGAGUGGCCGCAAGAAAAGGGGCCCCACCGACGUCAAGAGCUUCUCCCAUGAAUUGAAUUCCAAAACACCCCACCACCUUCCAAUCCGAAAGCUUCGCGGGCUUAGAAGCCCCGAAGAUAUAAUGACCAUCAUUCGAACAAAGUUUAAUCGGUUGAAGGAUGAAAUAAAUUCUGAGCUGGGUGUAUAUGCCGGUGAUCUGGUGGGCAUACUCGAAAAAACUGGCGAUGAGCAUCCUGAAUGGAGGGAGCCUCUGGAAGACCUCUUGCUCGUAGCACAGAAGUGCGCAGAGAUGUCUCCAGAUGAGUUCGGGCUCAAAUGCGAGGGAAUUGUUCAGAAUUUGGACGACCGUCGCCAGGAGUUGCCAAUGGGAAGCUUGAAGCAAGCUCACACCCGGAUUCUUUUUAUCCUCACGAGGUGCACUCGGUUGCUUCAGUUCCAGAAGGAGGGGGUUUAUGGGGAGGAGGAACAUAUUCUAGGUCUCCACCAGCUUAGCGACUUGGGGUUCUAUCCGGAGCAGACCGGUCCGGAGGAGGCAGGGCAGGGCCCCAAGAGUGCAACGAGUGCCAAGGAUUUAAAAGAUAGGCUCCUAAAGAAGAAGAUCCUGGAAUACAGGUACUUGUGUCAAGAUUUCGCUGGUCGCCCAUUAAGAUACUCGGUGGGGACAGAUUCACCAGCAAAGAUAUCUUCAUGGAAGAAGCUUCCAUCAGCUGCUGAGAAGAAUCAGAAGAAAGUCCAUGAUGCAAAGGAUGAAUCCCCCAUGAAGGAGGUGUUGGAUUCUUUGCCAGAAGCUGAUAAAACUAAGGUGGGUUUGGAUGGGACUGCUGAAAUGCCUGUUGUCCCUGAGCAUCACUCUGAAAUCUUAGACAGUUUAAUACAACCGUCAUCGAAGGACCAAGAUGUUGCUGGUGAUUAUGCUGAACGUCAACAGAUCCUAGAUGAUGGGAAGCUGAAAAUGAUAUGUAGGAUCUGUGAUUUUGAGAUCCCGACCAUACAUGCUGAGGGUCACUUUAGAGUAUGCACUAUUGCCGACAGAUGUGAUUCAAAGGGUUUAACUGUUGAUGAGCGGCUGGAGAGAGUUGCUGAAAUCCUUGAAAAGAUUCUAGCAUCCUGUACAUUGAGGAGUUCAGAUACGGUGGAUGCAAAUCAAGAGAUUGCGAAAGCCAGUGCCUCAUGUAUAACUGAAGAGUCCGAUGGCAUGUCUCGAUAUCAGAAUAACUCAUCCUUUCCAUCUUCUGCUGACACAGGAGAGUGUUCUCCAGAAGUUGUUAGUAGUCUAAUUAUGAACAAUCUAAAUGAAUUACCACAUAUGCUGAACAGUUCACAUUGUGAGUCAUCGUCAGGGAGCAUGACUCCACAAUCACCAUUUCAGACACCAAGGACCAGCCAGAUUGAGUUGCUGAUGAGUGGAAAGACGGCACUUUCGGAAAUUGAAAGCCUUCAACAGAUGGAGAGUCUAUUGAAUAUUGUUCGUGACAUUACAAGUAUAAAAACUUACAACUACAGCUCAUUGGAGUUUUUGAGUUCUUACUUAGAAGACCUAAAUGCUGUUAUUGACACUAGAAAGGUUGAUGCACUUGUCGUUGAGACAUUUGGAAGGCGGAUAGCUAAACUUCUGCAGGAGAAGUUCAUACACAUUUGCGGACACAUAGAUGACGCUAAUAAAGAUUCUUCAUGUAUGAUGGUUGAUGAAGAUGGUUCUGCAGAAAAUGGUAUGGUUUGUAGCUCACGAACAAACCCCUUGAAUGCCAAGUUUAAAGACCGGACAUCUAUUGAGGAUUUUGAAAUAAUAAAACCAGUGAGUCGAGGGGCAUUUGGACGAGUUUUUCUUGCGAAGAAAAGAGUAACAGGUGACCUUUUUGCAAUAAAGGUUCUUAAGAAGGCUGAUAUGAUUCGCAAGAAUGCAGUUGAAGGAAUCUUGGCUGAGCGUAACAUACUAAUAUCAGUUCGCAAUCCUUUUGUGGUCCGAUUUUUCUACUCCUUCACAUGUAGGGAAAAUCUGUAUCUGGUCAUGGAGUACUUAAAUGGUGGAGAUCUUUACUCUUUAUUGAAAAAUUUGGGUUGCUUGGAUGAAGAAAUGGCACGGGCUUACAUAGCUGAAGUGGUACUUGCAUUGGAGUACUUGCAUUCAAUGAAUAUAAUUCAUCGAGAUCUGAAACCAGAUAACUUGUUGAUCGCGCGGGAUGGUCAUAUCAAGCUGACCGAUUUUGGGCUCUCAAAGGUUGGUCUUAUCAACAGCACUGAUGAUUUAUCAGGUCCAGAUGUCAGCAAUGCUGUUCUGUCAGGUGAACAUGAACCAAUGCCUGCAACAGAAAGAGCGCAGAAAUGGGAGCAGAGGAGAAAACAGUCAGCUGUUGGCACUCCUGAUUAUUUAGCACCUGAGAUACUUUUAGGAAUGCCACAUGGCCCAACUGCAGAUUGGUGGUCCGUGGGUAUUAUUCUUUUUGAACUGCUUGUUGGUAUUCCCCCAUUCAAUGCUGAACAUCCACAAACAAUUUUUGAUAAUAUCAUGAAUCGAGAUAUACCCUGGCCACAGAUACCAGAAGAGAUGAGCUAUGAAGCUCAUGACUUGAUUGACAAAUUGCUAAUUGAAAACCCAGUCCAAAGACUCGGAGCAACUGGAGCUGGGGAGGUGAAGUCCCAUCCUUUCUUCAAAAACACAAACUGGGAUAUGAUCGCUAAGCAGAAGGCGGCAUUCAUUCCUUCAACUGAGGGUGAAGAUGACACAAGUUAUUUUGCAUGCCGUCAUCUAUGGAACGCAGAAGAUAAUAAUAUCUAUGCAGCAUCUCGUGAUUUUGAUGAUAUGACUGAUACAUGCAGUAUGAGUUGCAGCAGCAGCCCUCACAGUUGUGACUUGGAUGAAGAUGAAGAUGAGUUUGGCAGUAUGGCAGACUUUGGAGCCCCAACACUUUCUGUGAAGUACUCAUUCAGUAACUUCUCAUUUAAGAAUCUGUCACAACUGGCUUCGAUGAAUUAUGAUCUGAUAACAAAGUGUAGCACAGAAUCAGCAGAUGCUUCUAAACCCUAGUACCUGCAUUGGCAAUGAGAUUUUGCUUUAAUGGCCAACUAUUUCAGUCUUAAAGAAUGAAUACUUCGUAAGAGUGAGUAAAUGAUCUUGGUAUCAUGUUUGCAUACACAUGGAAGGCAUAGUACAAUGUGGUACAUUGACCAAGCAAAUUCUGAUUUGUUCCUAUUUACUAUUGAUGCCUGGUCAACGUACGUGCAAGAAAGAAUAAUUAGGGCAGCAGAAUAUCAGAUCUUUUUUUUUAACUUGAUGAUUCUUUAAUUCUUUUGAGUUUUCUACCUUGAGUUGUACAUAAUGUUCUUUUCUUGAUAGAUUUUUUCUGAUUUACCCAUGUUAUCCCAUUUUGGUGUAUCAGCAAAUCUAAGGUGGACUAGAGAAGCAUGUAAAGAUUUCUCUUUUUGAAAACCGAAAACUAUCUUGAACCAAA